GCAUAAUAAACUAAAAAAACAGCCUUUUGAAUGAUAUGUAAAUGAUGUUGUGUUUUAUCCGAUAUUUCUUUUAGAUCACAGUGGUGUAUAGACCUUGUGUCCCAGCAGUCUUAAUGUUACAUAUUGCCCACCACAUGUCUAGACUGGAGUGACACGUGGAUCAUUCUGCUGAGUCUUUAUGCUUUGGAUUAGACAGUGUUUUAGCUCAUCUCUCAAGCUCUCACUCAUUCUGUCUCCUUAUCUUCUUUCCAGUUCUCCUUAGCCUUCAUUUGCUUCUUGUUCUUUGUCUCACCGUAUCAUCAGAAAAAGCAGCCAUGAAUCAGAAGGUUGUACUGAUCACUGGUUGCUCUUCUGGCAUUGGAUUGGCACUUGCGGUUCGUCUCGCCAAAGAUGAGAAGAAGAGAUUUAUGGUGUAUGCGACCAUGAGGAACCUGGCUAAAAGUGAAGCUCUGGUGGAGGCAGCAGGUCGUACAUUGGGCAGGACCCUGGAGAUCAAGCAGCUCGACGUGUGUGAUGAGAAAUCUAUCAAAGCCUGUGUGGACAACCUGCCGAUGCGCAGUGUUGACAUUCUCAUUAGUAAUGCUGGAAUGGGAAUGAUUGGCCCCAUUGAGUGUCAGACCAUUGAUGAGAUGAAAACUGUCAUGGACACUAACUUCUUUGGGCUUGUGCGACUCUUGAAGGAGAUUCUGCCUGGUAUGAAGAAGAGAAAAAGUGGCCACAUAGUGGUAAUCAGCAGUGUGAUGGGGAUUCAGGGUAUUUUGUUUAAUGACAUUUAUGCUGCUUCCAAGUUUGCUGUUGAAGGAUUCUGUGAGAGUCUGGCAGUUCAAGCUUUGAGAUUUAAUCUGAAUAUCAGCCUCAUUGAACCAGGACCCGUCAUCACAGAGUUUGAACGUAAGGUGUUUGAGGAAGGCGUGAAGAUAGACCUCUCCAAAGCUGAUAAAGUGACAGCAGAUAUGUUUACCAACAUCUACUUGAAGAAUUACAACCAGAUAUUCCAGAGUCUUGGACAAACUCCAGAGGAUGUUGCAGAGCACACAUUCAAAAUGAUUACCAUGGAGAACCCACCAUUUCGGCAUCAGACUAACAGUCUGUACACCCCCAUGACCACCCUAAAAUAUGCAGAUCCAAAUGGUGACCUUCCCAUUGAAACCUUCUACAAAAUGGUGUUUGAACAUGACAAGGUGUUCAAUGCAAGUCUCAAUUUCCUCAAGCUUCUGCGCUGGAGAAGCCGUAAAAGCUUCACUUUGGAUAAAGACAAGAAUGCCUCUUAAAGAAUGUUCUGCUGGAGAUCUGGGGGUAUUCCAGAAAACAGGUUAAGCAAGGUAACUGGGUAAGUUUACCCAAAGUAAAUGGACAACCUUAGCUUUCGGUUCCAAAAACUAGGUAACUUACAGGGUAUGUAAAUAGCCAUACAGCAAUUAUAUAAUACUUUAAAAUAAUAGAAAUAUAAUACUUUAAAAUAUUAUUUUUAAUAUAUAUAUAAAAUAUAAUUUAUAAAUUGAAAAUACAACUGACAAACACAUCACACCAUAUCACAAAUGUAGAAGUAAUGUGGCGAAAUCUGAAAAAAUAAAAAUAAAUCUACGCGUACAUGGCAGGGAUGUCUAGUCUUUCUCCAUGAGGGCUAUUUUCUUGCAGAAUUUAGUGCCAACACAUCUGCCUAGAAAUUACUAGUGAUCCUGGAGACUUUUAUUAGCUGGUGUGUUUAAUUGGUGCUGAAGCUAAACCGGGGCCACUUUAAGGUGAGCCUCCAAGGUUAACAAAAAAGAAGUGUAGCGCUGUGUUACACUGGGGAGGAGACGAAGCUGUUUCUUAAAGGAUGUCAAUGGAGGCUUUCAUAUGCUGAAUAAACUGCCUUUGUGAGGAAACAGCCUUUCACUUAAUGAAUUGACAACCUAUUGGCUAAUCUUCAACAUUAUUUACCAAUAAAUAUUUAUUUGGAUUUAUCUUUUUUUUUUUUUUUUUUUGAUGCUAAAGUCACAGACUAUUUUUAUUUCUCUGUUAACUCUGACAUCAAUUCGAUGAUGUUUAGGAAAUAAUGUAGGGAUCUCCAACAGUGCUCUUGGAGAGUUACUGUCUCGGGGUGCAUUUCCCAAAAGCAACUAUGGUCACAGAGUUCAAGGGAGCUUGAAUUAUCAAGUAACUCUGAACACCUUGAUUAGCUGGUUCAGGUGUGUUUGAGCUGAACUCUGCAGGAUGGUAGCUCUCUAGGAGCAGGUUGGAGACCCCUACGAUAAUGUGAUCCUAGACGACUGUUAUGCUUUUGCCAGUGGUAGAGAUGCGGAGGUUAGUAUCUCUUCAAAAUAAAAGGAAUAUCUCUGGCUAAACUCUGCUGGAUGGUAGCCCUUUAGGGGCAGGAUGGGACACCCCUGGCCAUAAUACAGCUAUAAUAUCUUUGCAACCAAUAAUAUCAUUUAUUUUAUCACUGAAAGUCACUGAAGUACAGCAGCCUCCGAAGAAAGAGGAAAUAGAAAAAGAAUGUGUUUAAAAAAUAGGCUGCAUAAUAGACAGAGGUAGUGAUGUGAGCUGCUUCUUAGCAUUUGUUUUCAUGGUGUUUCUUUCUUCAAUUUGACACUCUGUUGAGAAUGUAUUUGUGUUCACUGUAAAGUCUGAGUUUUAAAACACCAGGCAUCAUACACUUGUUGACCUGUAAAUGGUUACACAGAAACAUAACUGAGCAUUAUUACCUGAUUUUCAAGUGUGCCUCAUUACUAAGAACAUACUAGACAAAUAAAAACAAUUUGUUCUCAAGGAAAAAUAUCAGACAUGUUUGAUAACCUCCAGCUUGGUGGAAUCAUAGUCUGAAGCCCAUCAUAGUCUGUGCCCAUCAUACACUAUGCAGUUUUCUGCAAAAUCUGUCCACAUUGACUGCUGAAAACUGGCCAUCUAGCAUCAGUGUCUCCAGACUGAAAAAAAAUCUGGGCAAACAUCUGGGUAAAAUUCAUUGUGUAUUCCAGCCUUAACUCUAGACUGUGUUUCCAAUAAUCGCACACAAGUUAAUCAACCAUGAGUUCAGGAUUUAUAUGACACAAUAAAAUUGUUUUCUGCAAUACCUCUAAGGACAACUGACCUGUUCUGUUUAAGAUCAUUUCAUUAUAUAUGAAUAAAGCAAAUCUGCAUAAAACAAAA